GUUGCUUUACAGGUUCGGCGCCACAGGCAACAUAAGGAACAACUAUGAGUAUGGCGACCAAGACACUUUUGGUGUUCGUCAUGGUUGGAAUGCUGGGCGCGAGCAAUAGCGAGGAGGACCAGUUGGAGACGUGCUACAGCGUCAGAAAUCAAAAAGAGUUUGAUUGGAGUAAGUUCAUGAAACAAGAGUGGGUGAUUGGGCUCGACCAAUGGGGAGGACAUAAAUACACCAUGCGGGGCUGCGGUACGUACACGUUUAAUCCGAAGGACAAGGGACACUGGCUUUUCCGCGAAUACAGUCCAGAUUCGAAAGAUCCCUACUACACCAAGAAAGAAAAUGCUACUUUCGAGAACGGCAUCUUCCACGUGGUAGAAGAUUUCGAUUGCUAUGUGUGUGAUGAUCUGGACCGCGUAGAGAUAUUGGACACCGAUUACGACAACUGGGCCGUGAUACGACACUGCCGACAAGAGGAAGGACGAUCGAAAGCUUACGAAUGGUUUCACGUUCUCCUUAAGAAAAAAUUCGUAAACAGCGUUCCCAAUAAUCUCGUCGAAAAGGCCCGUAACGCCAUGAAGAAGAAAGGAAUCCGGAACAUUAAACAAGUGAAAUUUUGGCCGACGCCUUGCGUGCUGCAGUGAGCAACCAUCACGUCACGAGGGCUAGGUGGUCGGUCAUGACGAGGCUGACAUCGCUGAAGCGCUGUAAUAAAGAAUGCGCUAC